AAUGCUAUUUGAAAAUCAAAAAAAAAUUCAAAAAGCGUUGGUAAAACAUAAGGUACCCUGAAACUAUUGUCCUGUUCACACUAAGGAAUUAUUAUUCUUGUUUUCAGACGUAUGUAUCGUUGGAUGACCCUGGAGACACAGCCACAACAGAGGAAAAGCAAUUUGAAGCAACUUUAGUUUGCGUUAAUCCAAAUACGGAGAAAAAUAUUGAUUUAUUGCGCUUACCCGGAAAUAAGCAACAGAUCAACCUAUACGUCACUGCAGUUAUCGAUGAAUUAUUUACAAAAAAAGAAUUAUGUAAUUUAGAACCACGAAAAAUAGCUAGCGACGAACGAUAUCAAAGAAUACAAGAAGCCGUUAGAAGCAAAUUUAAACUGUCAGAAGAAACUAUGAAUAUUGAAUGGCCUCAUUUACACACUGUCAUUUUACAAAAGCGUCGUGAUACAAAAAAGUCGUUGGAAAACAGUAAAAAGGAAGCA